CACCUUUGACUCAUCUCACCUGCCAUGCGGCAUACCAAACGAGAAUCACGCCUUCCUUUUCCAUUUGUUUAUACUUUUCCUCGUCUCUCAAGUUACUCUCAUCAACUCACUCUAUUAUAUAAACACACACACUCACCCAAUAGUGUGAAAGACCAAAUAAACCAUAAAGAAAAUACACAGAUGGCUCAGAACGAUACGGUGAAGCUCAUAGGUUCUUGGUCGAGCCCUUAUGCCCUUAGGGCACGAGUGGCUCUACACUUGAAAUCAGUCAAGUACGAGUACUUGGACGAACCUGAUGUUCUGAACGCAAAGAGUGAACUGCUUCUCAAGUCCAACCCCAUCUACAAGAAAGUCCCUGUUCUCAUCCAUGGCGAUGUUUCCAUCUGUGAGUCACUCAACAUCGUUCAGUACGUUGAUGAAGCUUGGUCCUCUGGUCCUUCUAUCCUUCCUUCUCACCCUUACGAACGUGCCAACGCUCGCUUCUGGGCUCUCUUCGUCGACGACAAGAUCUUUGGAGCGUUGGAUGCGGUGGGAGGAGCAAAGGACGACGAAGGGAGGAUGGCGGCGGCGGGAAAGCUGAUGGAGUGUUUGGCGACACUUGAAGAGGCGUUUCAGAAGAGCAGCAAAGGAUUAGGAUUCUUCGGAGGAGAGAACAUUGGCUUCCUCGACAUUGCUUGUGGGACCAUCUUGGGUCCAGUCUCUGUGAUAGAGGCGUUCUCAGGCGUCAAGUUUCUCCGGGAAGAGACAACACCUGGGUUGAUCAAAUGGGCCGAGAAGUUUAGGGCCCAUGAAGCUGUGAAGCCUUACAUGCCUACCGUGGAAGAGUUCAUUGCAUUCGCAAAGAAGAAGUUUGGUGUUGAGUGAUCUGGUUAUGUAAGCAAAUGUAUGGGAAAUAUUAAAUGGAUGAAAUAAUGAAUGAGUGGUGUUUGUAAUCUUUGAGGUUUCUCUUUAAAGUUCCAUGUAUUUUCCCAUAACUUUGUCUCUGUUCUUUUAUCUAAUGUGAUAAAGUUUCAUUUGAUAUAACUUAUCGUAGCAGUGUAAAUCUGAUAGUCGUGGUGGUGUCUGCUACGAACCAAGCAUGAUCGCAAGUACUAAUCUCAGUGAACAUAUAAAAGAAGGAUGCUCUAGAUACAUCUUGAAUCAUUUAUGUCUUUUCUUUUUCGGUGACAGUCAAACAACGUGUUCAGAAAAAAAGGCCUUUGUAAUAAUAAUCUGACCAUCGGCAUGUGGUGGCUUGUCCCGCGUCGGUUCCUAUCCCGAAUUCUCCUUUCCUUUCAAGUUUUUUUUUUUGUUGUUGUAGUUUGGUGUGAGACUUUGAUUUUGUUUUAUGAAGAAAUAUGUUUUUUUCCAAAUCAACAUAUACUUUCAGUUCUAGUGUAGAUUUAUAAGAUAAACCGGAUCUUUUUCUUGACGGUGUGAAUUACCUACAAAAGCAUUUGUCUAAGAAUUUUGGUCUAGAUUUGUAUAAUUC